GGGUUUUUUUUUUUUUCCAGAGGGGACGCUAUAGAAACUAUGUUAUUUUUUGUUUACGCAGGAGGGAUGAAGCAUCCUUUGUUGCUGUCACGGUUCAUGAUUGUCCGGUUCCUUUCUCAGGAGCAAUGAAGGCGCUUUCUCCAUUCCCUCGGCCCGUUUCCUGGCUUGCCCUCUAUCACCUACUUUCUCAGGUUUCCUUCGCCGUGCCUUCCUCGUCGUCGCGGUGGUCCGAGUGGAGCCCCUGGUCAUCCUGCAGUCGGACCUGUGGUGGUGGCGUGGCGUUCAGGUCUCGGACGUGCGAGAUCAGUGGGCUGAUGAUCGACUCCCAGUUGAGCGACGAGAGCAAAACAAAAAGAACGUACUACUCGUGGGGCGACCACAGGUUAGAGUGCAUUGGAGAGAAUGGGCAGCACAAACUCUGCAACGUGGAGGAGUGCCCUCCUGGCAGCAGUGGUUACACGGACCAGCAGUGCUCGGCUUUUAACGAUCGCCUCGUCGCCGGUCGUCGUUCUGUCAAGUGGCUCGCCGUCGAGGAACACCCACAGAGUCGAAAUCCCUGCGAGCUGCGGUGCCGGUCGCAUGAUUCAACGAUGACCCUGAGCUUCGGCAAGAUGGCAAACGGCACUCGUUGCGGCCAGUCUAGCGUCUGUAUCAACGGACGCUGCGUUGUAGUUGGCUGUGACGGCCUGGUCGGAUCGACGGUGCGAGCCGACAUGUGCGGAGUCUGUGGUGGCCGGAAUUUCUCCUGCGUUCAGGUGCAACAGAUGUAUUCUUCGAAGAAAGGCGAACUCUUCAAUCUCACCGCUGUGACCGUGAUUCCCAGUGGUGCCACCAGCAUCUACAUUGAGGAACACACCUUGAACACGCUUUCACUCUGGGACCGAUGGCCCUAUCCCGCGGGUACCAACAAGACCGCUGUCCCGGUUCAGCAAAAGGCCCGGACAAGUCCCGAGGAUGUUAUCUCAGCUGGAGGCGCGCUGUUCGUGCACAAGACGCAGCUCAACGGAAGCGAGACUCUAUCCUCGAAAGGCGCCACGAGGUCGCCGGUCACGCUUGCUGUAUACCUGGUCGAAAAGGGCAGCCCAAACAUCCGGUACGAGUACUGGAUCCCUAAGGAGGGCGGUGGUCACCGCGACGUCACCACUGACCUCACCAAUACCGAUGUCGCCGUACUCCGGGAUGGUGACGUGGCAAGGACCCGCCCGCCGUCCAGUGAAUUCUUCCGAAGGGCGCAGUUGUCGGUGUCCUCACCUAGCGACAACCGAAUACCGCUCUCCGUCUACCAGCCCGGACGGUAUGCCGAGGCUUUGCCGUCACGGCCAGGAAAUGACGUCAUUGAGGUCCCGGACAGAAAGGACUUCGGCGGUGGCACAUUCCAUGGCAAUGAAGAAACGAAACGCAGAACGAAGAAGGUGAAACCAAAGAAAGGUCGCUGUCCAAUCUGUCACCGGGCCAGAAACCAAAGAAGGCACUUCUGCAAGAGCGACAUUGUGGUUCAUGCCCUAGUGCUCUCCUUCGAGCGCCUCGACGGAUCUCUGCGCUACGACGUCAUAAUAUCAGAGUCCUACCGUAACCUGCUGGACCUCCAGCAGCGGGAGUUCUUCUGGGUCCCGGACGCCAGAUGCCCGUGUCCCAAACUCCGGGUGGGUCGCGAAUACGUCAUCACCGCGCAGGCGCACAACGACCUCCUCAACAAGGAAUCCAAGUUCGUCGUGGACAGCACGUGCUUUGUGCGCCGAUUCACGGAACGGAGACGCAAGCAACUCGAAAGGCUGCGUGAGACACAGUCCAGGCGCUGCAAUGUGACGACUUAGCGGCAGUGUUCGGUUGCUCGAACCCUGCGACCCAGAGUUCGUAAUCACGUGGCGGGUGCAGACCGUGAAUUGUGAUGACAUGUGGUCGUUUUCGCCUGAGCAGGGUUGUGACACCACGGUACGUGGUUUGCGGGAACAGAGCAAACGAUAAAGCCCACAUCGUUGCUUCGAGGCAUCUUGUGAAGUAAGGAACGUCAUCUGGUGCCGUCUAGUGAAGACAACGCCGCCAUAUUGAGAAGGAACAGGCGUGGUCUUGACGCGGUGCCACCUCGAGCAGAAACUGCUGUCAUCUCGUUAAAGUAUUUGACUCACCUCGAGAGCUAGUCGGUGCAGCCUGUCAUGUUGUCCUCUUCUACCCUGUGGGCUAGUACUUUCAUUGUCGCCAAACUAGCGAGGCUAACUUGUUGUCGCCUUGCGGUCUCUAUCCCACCACCUUCUGAACAGUCAUCUCUUUUCUGAUCGACGUCUCAUUGUGUCUGGGCAGCUACCAUCUUCUCAAACAUUCAAUGCCAGCUUGGAGUACGCGGCAGUUUCUUCUGAACGAACCAGCUUCUCUUCAGUGUAUAAAAUUUGUAUACGCCUCAACUUGAGACGUCUUGCAAUGGACAAUCAAGUGUCGUGCGAAUGUUGUGCAACGCAUGUCAUGUACACUUCAUUUGCGGAAAGUGAUUUGCAGACGGCAUCCGUGUCCCACCGUCUUGUUUUUUCGUGGUGGGAAAAUUCAAAUACGCGCGAGCUUUUCUCCCAGCUAAAUUAUAUUGACGGAUCAUGGUUCCGAACUGGCUUGCUGAUACCAGCUUUUAAGUUUGCCACGUCCCCAACGCUGUUCAACUAAUCGUUUCUUGUGACAAAAGAAGCAAAACAAGCAUGUUAAACUUUCACUUUCAUUGGUACUUACUACUUUGUGAAUAAACGUGUUGCUGUUAUGGUAGUUAGCAAGGCGAAAAAGGACCGAACGUUUUGAGAUGCAUUGGUUCACGCAUGAUUAUCGAUGUGCCUACUACUAGGCAAAUUAUAUCAAGAUCUCGACUACGUUCACGUGUCUUGAUGCUACGGGGGUAACCAGGAAAUUGUCAUGCGGAUUUUGUGGCAAAACGCUGCCUGUCGCCAUUCGCUAUCGUCAAACAUUUCAGUGUAGUCAAAUAUCUUUGUUCAACUUUACACACGUUGAGUGAGGAGACUGCUUUGUUUCGGUGCCUAAUUCAUUCUAGAGUCUCGUAGGAAUCCUAUUAAGAAAAAUGCGAUACUAUGUUCAUGUCGACAUGACAGUUGCUUAGAUAGCAGUGAAUGCCAUUUAUGCUUGUGCGUUUGAAUUGUCGUAAAAAAGCGCAUACAGAAUGCAAUCCUUUCGAAGUUUAUUUCUGCCCAUGUUGGAAUUGCAAGAGCGCAGCAUUUUUCGAUCAUUUCGUCGAAUGUUCUCUUGACGCUUUGCGGCACUAAGAAAACUCGAACGUGCCGUUUUAAAGUCGGGGUUAUGCUGCAUGCUGUCUUCCUAAACCUUCAUUGUGCACCGCUAAAAAAAACGUAAUUCAUAAAUCGAAAAAGAGUAAAAAGUCAGCGAGGAUUAUGCCUACGCCCAAUUCGCAGCUGCUUUAAGCUCCUCGGCCAUCUUGAUGGCGUUUUUUUCCGCAUCAGUUUAACAACUUUUUAUACAUUUGAAACACCGCCGCUAUACUUUACUUUUUUUACUUUCAAAAGUAUGUGCGUGCUUGACCUUGGGUAGCUGGACGGGAAGAGAAAUUUUGAUAUACCUCUCGCAUUUUCUACACUUGUUGAUCCCCGGUGGCUUUCUUCGGCUAGUGCAUCCGUGCGUCUGACUGUAUUUGUGUACAUAAAACGGCACGUGUUCUUGUACAAAGCACAGAUGUGUGUCAUCCGCGAAGAGCCUCUUUUUUUCUUUUUUUUUUUGGCAAAGCAAUACAAUUAUUUGUUGUUCGUUCUCGGA